UGUUUAAGUUUGAGUUUAUGGGUUCUGUAUAAUUUAUUUAUACAUAUGAAGUGAUUUUUUAAAUACAAAUAAAGGAUCUGAGGCAAGAUUAUUGCUUCUACCGAACCCGUAGACAGGCUUGUAGCUUCGCAAGCUCUGCAUUUUCUGCACCCCUAUGUUCAGUUUCUUGAUUUUUCUUUUUCUAGUUUGUGUCCAAAGUUUAGUACUUUUUGCUGUCUUCAUAUUAUGUGGUGUUUAUUGUUUUGGAGAACUACUGCACCCAUAUGUUCAGUUUCUUGAUUUUUCUUUUUCUAGUUUGUGUCCAAAGUUUAGUACUUUUUGCUGUCUUCAUGUUAUGUGGUGUUUAUUGUUUUGGGGAACUACAAAUGAAAUGCCUAUCUCUAAAGUGAACAAUUUAUCUUUCUGCUUUUAGUUCUGAUGAAAAAUUUAUUAAAUGUAACAAUUUUUCUGGAUCUGCUAAUGUUGAAAAUUGAGACAAUACAAACACCACUACCCAUUAUUUUUCUGCUUGUAGUAUAUUGUGUUCAAUUUGUUCUGUUUAUGAUGAAAAAAUUAUCAAAUAAAGGAUAUUUUCUGGAUCUAAUGGUGAGGGUUGCAGAGCCAGAAAAGCAGCUGAUUUACAGGCAAAUUGGUGAGAAGUAUGGGGUGGAUUAUUCUGAAGCUGAGAUAUUGAAAAGAUACAGAUGGGCUUAUGAGCAACCUUGGGGUAGAUCUAGGCUCAGAUAUGUUAAUGACGGAAGGCCAUUUUGGCAACAUAUAGUUAGUUCUUCGACUGGCUGUUCUGAUUCUCAGUACUUUGAGGAGCUGUAUAACUACUAUACUACAGAAAAGGCCUGGCAUCUUUGCGAUCCAAAUGCGGAGAAGGUUUUCCAGGCCCUUAGAAAUGCAGGAGUAAAGUUGGCUGUAGUGUCGAAUUUUGACACCCGAUUGAGACCAGUGUUGAGGGCUCUGAACUGUGAUCAUUGGUUUGAUGCCGUUGCAGUUUCAGCUGAGGUAGAAGCAGAGAAGCCUAAUCCAACAAUAUUUCUAAAAGCUUGUGAGUUACUAGGAGUAAAUCCAGAUGAUGCUGUUCAUGUAGGCGAUGAUCGUAGAAAUGACAUUUGGGGUGCUAGAGAUGCAGGUUGCGAUGCCUGGCUGUGGGGAAGUGACGUUAACUCUUUCAAAGAGGUUGCUCAAAGAAUAGGAGUCGAGGUCUGAAGGGUAAUAUUAGGAGAUGCGUUCGAUGUGUAAAAAGCCACUUCUUGUGUAGGAAUCUCCUCAUAGCCCCAUGCAUGUAUAUAUUCUGCUUUUGUAAUCAGUAUGAGAGAUAUCACCAAGGCCUUUGUUGGUGGCAAUGUUAGAGUGUGAAUAAAUAGGCUGUAGAACUGUGGUUUCUCAAUGCCAUAUUUUAGCUGCCUCUUUUGUAUGUUGGGAGUAUGGUGUUGUUUUCACCUAGUCAUGCAUAUUUCGUUUCUGUUUGAUGUA